AGAAAAGCAGAGUAUGUAUAUUUGUGAUGUAACGGGGCGCCAUUUGAGGAUCGCGAGUUGGGGCAUGAAAAUUGGACUCCAUUACCUUAGACUUGGUGGCUUCACAAUUACUGGGUUACUGCGCUAAUCAAGCCGUGCUGGGCCGAAAUUUUGAAGACACCCGUCGGGCACGCGCGAGUCGCACACAGGCGGGGUACGGGGGCGAGUGAAACAGAGACGGAUAGAGGUGCGUGGUUGAAAACCCUAAUCGGGUAUCGUCCACUCGCCGAAGGCCCUCGCGUGGAUGCGCAGUUGCAGAUCCAGCGAUUGUUGCUUGCUUCUUCUAUGAUGAAAUAGAGCGCACCCCCGCCACUCACAUCCACCGGUAUUGCUAGUUAAGCCUGUGCUGGAAGAGAAUAGGUUCUCGCCAUGGAUAUUGAUCUCAGAUUACCUUCAGGUGAACAUGAGAAGGAAGAUGAUGAACCAAAUGGAAUUGAUAAUAUGUUGGAUGGAGAAGAUAAACCCCAUAAUAGAGUUGGGGAGAAUGGGAAUAUUUUGAGCAUUGGAGAGGUUCAUGCUGAAGAUGGUGGGGUUUUAAAUUCUCCCACAACAGAUAUAGUUGAGUUCAAAGUGGAUGCAAAUCUUGAGCCCCUUUCUGGUAUGGAGUUUGAAUCUCAUGGGGAAGCAUAUUCCUUCUACCAAGAAUAUGCUAGGUCUGUAGGUUUCAAUACUGCAAUACAAAACAGCCGUCGUUCAAAGACAUCAAGAGAAUUUAUUGAUGCAAAGUUUGCAUGCUCUAGAUACGGGACCAAGAGAGAGUAUGACAAGGGUUUUAAUCGGCCACGUUCCAGACAAGGAAAUAAGCAAGAUCCUGAAAAUGCAACUGGUCGACGGUCAUGUUCAAAGACAGACUGCAAAGCAAGCAUGCAUGUGAAGAGAAGAUCAGAUGGAAAAUGGAUAAUACAUAGUUUUGUAAAAGAGCAUAACCAUGAGCUUCUGCCAGCCCAAGCUGUUAGUGAACAGACAAGAAGGAUGUAUGCUGCGAUGGCUAGACAAUUUGCUGAGUAUAAAAAUGUGGUUGGUCUGAAGAAUGACACCAAAAAUCCAUUUGAGAAAGGGCGGUAUUUAGCUCUAGAAGCUGGGGAUACAAAAAUAUUGCUGGACUUUUUUGCGCAAAUGCAGAAUGUGAAUUCCAAUUUCUUUUAUGCAAUAGAUCUGAGUGAAGACCAACGUCUGAAGAGUUUGUUUUGGGUUGAUGCCAAAAGUCGGCAUGAUUACAUCAAUUUCAGCGAUGUGGUGUCUUUUGAUGCAACUUAUGUCAGAAACAAGUAUAAAAUGCCUCUUGUUCUUUUUGUUGGAGUGAAUCAGCACUAUCAAUUCAUGUUGCUUGGAUGUGCUUUGGUGUCUGAUGAGAGUGCAGCAACAUAUUCUUGGAUAAUGCAGAUGUGGCUGAAAGCUGUAGGUGGCCUAGCUCCGAAAGUUAUAAUUACUGACCAAGAUAGAGCCUUGAAAUCGGUUAUUUCUGAGAUUUUUCCAAAUUCUAAUCACUGCUUUUGUUUGUGGCACAUAUGGGGGAAGGUUACUGAAAAUCUUAGUCAUGUAAUUAAACGGAAUGAAAAUUUUAUGGCAGAACUCGAAAAAUGCAUUUACAGGUCAUGGACAGCUGAAGAAUUUGAAAGCAGGUGGCAGGGAAUUGUUGAUAGGUUUGAUCUGAGAGAGUAUGAUUGGCUCCAAGUAUUGUAUGAAGAUCGCAAACAAUGGGUGCCAACAUACAUGAGGGAUAGUUUUCUCGCUGGAAUGUCCACGGCUCAGCGAUCCGACAGUGUGAACUCUUUCUUUGACAAAUACGUGCAUAAGAAGACCACUGUGCAAGAGUUUUUGAAACAGUAUGAAGCAAUUAUACUAGAUAGGUAUGAAGAGGAGGCCAAAGCAGAUACUGACACAUGGAACAAACAACCUGCAUUAAAAUCCCCAUCACCUUUGGAAAAGCAUGUUGCUAAUCUUUACACCCAUGCAGUAUUUAAAAAAUUCCAAGUAGAAGUUUUGGGUGCAGUUGCUUGUCAUCCUAAAAGAGAGAGACAAGAUGAAGCAACCAUUACAUUCAAAGUUCAGGACUUUGAAAAGAAUCAAGACUUUAUUGUAACAUGGAAUGAAUUGAAGUCCGAAGUUUCUUGCAUAUGCCAUUUGUUUGAAUAUAAAGGUUUGAUUUGUAGGCAUGCAAUGAUAGUUCUCCAAAUUUGUGGUCAUGGCGAGAUCCCAACUCAAUAUAUAUUAAAGCGUUGGACAAAAGAAGCUAAGAGCAGGCAUAUUAUAGGAGAAGAAUCUGAUCAGAUACAAUCUAGGGUUCAGCGCUACAAUGAUUUAUGUCAACGAGCAAUGAAACUAGGUGAAGAGGGAUCUAUAUCUCAAGAGAGUUACAAUAUUGCAGUUCGUGCACUUGAAGAAGUUUUUGGGAAUUGUGUGAGUGUGAAUAACUCUUGUAGGAAUCCAGUUGAUGCUGGCACUUCUGCUACUCAUGGUCUUCUUUGCAUUGAAGAAGAGAAUCAAAGUAGAAUUAUGAGCAAGUCAAAUAAAAAGAAGAAUCCUGCGAAGAAAAAGAAGGUGAACUCUGAGCAAGAUGUUAUGGCUGUUGGCAUGCAAGAAAGCUUGCAACAGAUGGACAAGCUGAGUUCCAGACCUGUAACCCUUGAUGGGUAUUAUGGUACACAACAAAGUGUGCAAGGAAUGGUACAAUUGAAUUUAAUGGCACCAACUCGUGAUAGUUACUAUGGCAGUCAACAGACCAUCCAGGGGCUGGGACAAUUGAACACCAUUGCACCCAGUCAUGAUGGUUAUUAUGGUGCUCAGCAAAGCAUGCAUGGGCUGGGACAGAUGGAUUUCUUCCGAGCACCAACUGGUUUCACAUAUGGCAUUCGAGUUAGUUUUCUAGUUCUGGUUUUGAAGUUCUAUGAUGUGAUUUCAUUUGGUAUUACAAUGCCUUUUAUCAUCAUGGCAGGACGAAGCAAAUGUGAGAUCUGCGCAGUUGCACGAAGACACAUCGAGGCAUGCAUGAGAAAUGCCUCUCGCUUGCAAGAUGGAUUUUCACUCUUUUAACCUUAGACAGGGGAGUUCAAUUGAGCAGAAUUCACUUUCUUCGCAAGGGAGACGCAGAGAGACCCUUUGAAAUGUUUGUAAAGAAUGAAAUGUAUCAUGCAUUGUGGGCGGUGGUUGGAGGAGCCUUCCCCUAUGGUGCCUGACCUAUUUGACGUCUGUAGAAUAAGGAAUGAAAAAAAAAAAAAAAGGGCAGUACCACAGUUGUUUAUAUAUCUCACCAUCCAUAAUAUGGGGAACUUGUUAUAGUUGCUGGGGGUUGGGAGAUGGGCAUGUAUCAUAUGUAGAGGUGGUUGUAUUUUAUCAUAUUGGUUGUUUAGGUCCAUAAAGGAUCUUUGAAACCCCUUUUCAGUUUCUUGUGUGGUGAGAUUUCCAGAAAACCCAGUAUUUUCGACUCGAACAUUGUACUCCGAAGAAAUUCGCAGCCAAAAUGGAAUCCGUGAGUGGUGGACUGUGCUGAAGGAAAGAAAUAGAGGGCAAGGGGAUGGAUCAAUUCAUUUUGCCAACUUAAGGGGCUGUGUUUGACGGUAGUACUUGGCAGUAUAAAUUUUAAACUCUGUAUUUAAAUUUAUGUGAAUUUGAAUAAAAUAUAAUAUUAAAUUUUUAAAAAAA